AUGGUCAAAGCUGUUGCCGUACUCCGAGGUGACGCCAAGGUUGGCGGUACCGUCACCUUCGAGCAGGAGUCUGAGUCUGCUCCCACUUCCAUCACUUGGGACAUCACCGGCAACGACCCCAAUGCUAAGCGUGGUUUCCACAUUCACACCUUUGGCGACAACACCAAUGGCUGCACUUCUGCUGGACCUCACUUCAACCCUCACGGCAAGACCCAUGGUGCUCCUGCCGACGAGGCCCGACACGUUGGUGACCUUGGCAACGUUAACACGGAUGCCCAGGGUAAUGCCAAGGGUUCCGUGACGGAUUCCCAGGUCAAGCUCAUCGGCCCUCACAGCGUCAUUGGCCGCACUGUCGUCGUCCACGCUGGUACCGACGAUCUCGGCAAGGGUGGCAACGAAGAGUCUCUCAAGACUGGCAACGCCGGUCCCCGACCUGCUUGCGGUGUCAUUGGCAUUUCUUCCUAA